GCGCGUUGAAAAUGCGGAAUUGACAAAAAAAAAAAAAUGUGGAGAAAAAAAAAAAAAAAGUCCCCCAAGCGAUGCCCCUUCUCACCGCAUGACCAGCUUUAGCCGCAAACUAGCAUAGAAGUCACAAAAAAAAAAAAAAAAAAAGCAACCUUAUCUUGCCAUGCAGUUCCUCUCAUCCUGAGGUAGGAAAGGAAUAUGAGCACCACUCAGAUGGUUACUUAAGUGGCCACUGUGAAUGUUGCUUGGAACAAGCCAGUAGAGCUACGUAAGGAGAGAGAAGGAAAGAAGAAACGGCACAACUGUGGUUAGCUCUCAAAACAGUGCCUCCAUGUGGAAGUGAUUCCCUACCCCGUCCUGAACCCUCUCCACAUGAAUCACCCCAAUAAGAGAAGCGAACAUGACAAGGCAUAGCAAAAAUAACACCGCCAACCCUAUAUUCACCUACCAUGAAAGGAAGAAGGUAUCCGAUGUGGGAACCCUGAAGGAAAGACUCGGGAAAGACUCCAUGCGGAGAUUCGAGCAGUGCUGGAUAUGCCUGCGGAGCGCGGAGACACCAAAGGAAGAACAAAAAAACCUACUAGACAUAUCAAACAACUUUUGGUUAGCAAGAAACGUAAAGGUGAAGGACUUGAGUAUAAAAAAAGUGAAGCGUCCAUCGAAGAGUUUGUCCUGUCCUGUUAGUGGGAAGGAGCUGAAAAUGGGAGAUCUAAUAGCCAUUAACCCGGAGGUGUCGCAGGGAGACGACGUCCUCGGAGGGAAGGAGAGUUGGGUUUGCUCCUACUCCAAGAAGAACAUCGAUCAUCAGAGGGCCAUCCUCAUCAAAAAAACGGGACAGAUUAUCAUAAAGGUGGGUGAGCGGCAUGUGGGUGAGCGGCAUGUGGGUGAGCAGCAUUCCAUUUUUGAAAAGUUCAUUUACGGGAAGAACACCCUGGAAGGUACCGUCGGGGAUGGGGACUUCAUCGAGUUGCAGCCAGGCGGAACGGCCUUCUGCUCGCACAGCAAUGUGGAGAAGACCAUGUACCGGGAGUCCCUUCUGUGA